UGACAGCCGCGGGGACGCGCUUUGGACUGAGCGCAUCGCCGGAGGCGGACGGGGUCGUCCGCGUUGUACACGGUUCCGAUUCAGUGCUGGAGAUCCUGCAGCCGAAAUUGGACACCCAAUAAGCCAUGCCGUCCUCCAGAACACGAUUGCGGCCUUGGCUGGAGCAGAAGAUUGAGUCCAAGUCAAUCCCUGGACUGACAUGGGUGGAUAAGGGAAAUAAAAUGUUUGCCAUUCCCUGGAAGCAUGCCGCUCGCCAUGGCUGGGAGAUGGAUACAGAUGCACGCAUCUUCAUGCAGUGGGCUGUCCAUACAGGAAAAUUCAAACCGGGAGUGACUGAACCAGACCCUAAAACAUGGAAGGCCAAUUUCCGCAGCGCCCUUAAUUCCCUUCCGGACAUUAAACAAGUGAAAGACAAAAGUAUCAACAAGGGCUCUCAGGCGAUACGCGUCUACAGAAUGCUGGAAGAAGUUCCUAAGAAAAAAGAUAAGAAGCCCAAGACAACUCACAAGCGAAAGAUAAAGAAUGCUGAAUGGGACACAAACCCAGAGCAGGAUUGCAAAGAUCAAUUAAAUCAUUCUGGAGCUCAAAGUACAGACACGAGUAACGAAUCCACGCAAGAGACGACAGUGGACAGCACAGGUGGACUUGGUCUUUCAGUCCACCACUUUGGGGAUGAAGGAGAGGCUGUAGAGUGCUCUACCACCGUGGAGGUCAUUGCUGACAGCACAAAUGAAUUCUAUGGAUUAUUCCAGGUGUCACCCAUUCACACAACAGAUUUUGAAGAUGAUGAGGCAGCCAUCAUUGAGAUGGCACAAGCUUUGGAGGUGGAGCAGUUGCAGUGGCAGCAAACAAAUGCAAACGCGCCAGAAAUGGACAUGAAAUAUUGCAAAGAACUGAAAGGACUUUCUGGAAACAUGGAAGACAGUAGCAAUUGUGAAAACAGUGAAACGCAGAUAAUUCUUUUUUCUGCCCAACUGCCGCUGUGCAGUUCUACCUGAGUCUUGGCAGUACUGUUCUUGCAACCAAAAUGUAUAUUUUCCAUAUACUCCAUUGGGGAUUUUAUGUAGUCUGUGCACCACUUUAUUCCCUCCGUCGUUGAUGAAUGUGUUGGUGUCUCUUUUGCACUUUAUACUAAGACAUUUAAACAUUAUCCUUUAAAACAUUGCCAUUAGGUCAUAUAGCCUUAAAGUGAAUUUUACCAUAAAGCUGUUUAAUACCAGGCAAAGGAAACUCACAAUUAUAGGGCUAAAUGAAUUUAUUAUAUGUGAUUUGGUGUAGCAUUUAAAAAGCAAAUGGUCUUAGAGGAAUGGAGUAGUGUAUUGGUCUGGUUUGGAAAUGUACUGAUCUAGUUAAAUAAAGGGAAUCAUGUUGCUCUGGGAAGAAAAACUUUAAACUGGCUAAAUUUUACCAAAAUUUUCCCACAGAGAAACUCAAAAAUGCUUUGUACUCCAUGCAUUUAACAAAACAGUGUUUUAUCUGUGUGACUUUUGCAGCAUCACUUGUUCUUUAUUAUUAACAGUGCCUGUCUUAACACUGAAAGAGACUCAGUUGUUUAGGUUUUGACUAAUUACCGGGUAUUUCCAGGGUUGUCAGAUUGUGGAUCAUUCAUGGCAACGUUUGGGUUGGACGAUUGUGUGAGAAAGUUGUUUGUCAUAAUGUACAUAUUGUAGAUUGUAUAUCUGUAAAUCUAUUUUUCAAAUAAAUACAA